AUCCACACAUUAAUCGCCUUCGGUAUGAGCGAUAUGAACGAUCUGAAUGAUAUGAACAUCGAGCUACUCUCCUUUCGCAAGGCUUAAGAUUAUUUAUUCCUGAAUUCCUUGUUCAAGGCACUUCGUAUUCCGUGUAUAGUUUAAUAGCUUCCCUUUUUGAUUCUUGUUGCUUCGAACCGUCAGCCAUUCCAUUCACCGCAUUUCCAUCAUCAUCUUCAUCUCCAUUUCCAAUUUCCCCGUCUGCGUCCAACUUCAUUCAACGGACCAAAAAAACAAAACAAAAAACAAAGAAACGAACUGUGUUGGACCUUCAAUGGUCAUCAGUCUCAGUGCGGUCAUUCACCAGCAGUUUCAAUUAUCUUCGUUCGGUUUUACUUCAAUAAUAAAUUAAUUGGUCGCUAUAAUCGUCGUUGUGUCUCUGUUUGGCACUGCCGCACUGCAGACGCACGUUCAUAAUAAGUCCACUACAUUCAUUCACUGCCUGCCUGCCUGCCUGCCUGCCUGCCUACAGAAACUCUCUCCUAUUUUCCUAUCGACCAACCCCAAUGUUCUCAACCGAUUUAUUCUUCAUUUAACAAUUCUUUCGGACAAGGCGUGGUAAUUUGGACUUGUCAUACCUGAAAGGAUACGACAAGAACUUAUCUCCGCCAAUUCGAGAGAUUGAGGAACCUUCCAAAGAUACCAAUUAUAAUCAGGCAAUUCCGACAAAAGAUUGUGAUAAUUGAUUGGAAGAUUUGGUAGGGAAGAAGCGAAUUGCUGCUAGGUGGGAGGUUGUUUCCAGGUAGAUUUUGAGCAAAGGUAUUAAUCAAGAUGGCAACAAUCUCUACAACCCAAGCACAUACCAGCUUGACACCACCAAGUAGUUCUCACGGUCAGGAUUCUUGGAGUUACUCGGUACCAGCUGAAGUAGAGGUAAUCCAUCUUGUAAUUUACCCUAAUUUUCAUGGGUUGCCAUGCUAAUUAAACUUUCCUAGCCGACCUCACCUUCUGCAGCGGCAGAUUAUCAUAAUCACAAUCGACAAAUCUCUCAAACCAAUGGUCACGCAUUACAUCCAAGUACAGACAGCUUCGGUCCUCACGUUACUCACGAUUAUAAUCAUCUAGCCCCCAUUCGCGCAAAUGAAUUGAAUCGGCAAAAUAGUGAUAUCAGCGACACUCCGAGCGCUCCUGAUAGUUUAUUGGACUUAUAUGGGAAUAAUAAAAGUGGCCCAGGUAUGGAUUCUGGGGAGAAGAGAGGUAUGAAUGGUGGAAACUAUGAGAUGGGGGAGGUGGAACAAUCUAGAUGGAUUCACAGAGAUAAAUUGGCUCGGAUAGAGAAUGAAGAAUUACAAGCGGCCGGAAUACCGAUACCUCGUCCACGGACAGGAAGCAGAUCUAGCCGUCGGGAUCGUAGUCAAGAUCAUGGCAUCAAAAGUGAGGGACAGAAGCGGCAGAAGAUGAUAGCAAAUAGUGAUGGAGAGGGAUCUACUGUCUGGGAAUUGCGAUUACCUGAAGAGUCAGCGGGAGACCUUGGUACCAAGGGUAUAUCGAAGAUACCAAUUUCGAAAUCGAGCCCUUUACCAAUACCCAUCGAUUAUCUUGAACGAGACACACCUAUAGCUCGGAAAACGGGUAACUGGAAUGAUGAGGAGGACCCAUUAUCAUUCAAGCAAGCAAGGAGUCGAAGUCAUAGUGUUAAAAGUUCUCUUGUACUUGAUGAAGCUGCAACGAGUUCGAAUGUACCCAUGCCUACUCCUGCUAGAGUAUCACCCACGCCAGCUCGUGCGUCCCCGACCGAACGAUCUCCUACCAAAAAGCCACCAGGAAGAAAAGGAUCUAUUGGUGCAAACGCUGCACUUCCUGGAGGUCGACAGACGUCAGCACAAAGACAAAAACAAAAGCCUGGUGGAACAAAUGCGCCAGAAAUACGACCGAAAACUCGUUCAGGCGAUACAUCGAAACGACCCGAAGGUGAUCCACCUUGGUUGGCUACUAUGUAUAAACCAGAUCCCCGGUUACCACCCGAUCAACAAGUAAUUCCGACUCAUGCGAAACGCAUACAACAAGAACAAUGGGAGAAGGAGGGUAAAUAUGGAAAUGUUUAUGAUACAUCCUUUAGGCCAUUGAAUCAACAGGAACUCAGACCACCCCCGACGUCUUUUUCGCCACCACCAGAUGCACCAGAUGCGCCGGAGGAACCAAGUCUGGAAGAAUCAGCUCCAGAAUGGCCAUUAACCGGUCCACAAUCACCGACAGCACCUACAGAACCUGCAGCACCUACGUCUCCAGUUUCGCGAGUCUCACCCGUUUCUGCCAUGACUCCUAGAUCACCAGCGUUAAGUGCAAUUCCACGAUCACCAGCGUUAAGUGCAAACCCACGAUCACCAGAGAGAACUGGAAGUUACAGCACGAUGCCAAAAAUUGCAACUGGAAAACCACAAGGUGUAAAUAUCCCAGACCCUAAACCACCAAUUCGUGUUCAAGAUUCCCCUGAAUCGAAGAAAGGUGGUGGGUGUUGCGUUAUUAUGUAAUUUUUGAGGACGGAUCAAGAAUACGUUCUCUCUAUCAUACGGAGUAGUUUCUUUUCAUUUGUGUGUAAAUUGAGCUAAGCAUGCAAGCAAGCAAGUAUUACGGCGUUACGGAGCGAAAGGAUUCAUACUUGAAUUAAGACUAGGUCUGAGCGAUCGCCAAUCUUUUCAUUUAAUCGUUGAAAAAAAAACCCACCAAAGAAAUUCAUACUUGUUGAAACUUUCAUCUGCACUAAUUCUUUAUUAAGAUCCUCAGUGUGUGCUAGGCACGCGAUGCAAAAUUAAAUUUCCUUGGUUUCGAUAUGGUGGAAGGGACAAAGAAGGUUGAGCGAAGACGGGGGAGAUAGGCCAGAGAAAUGGAGGUGAAAAGAAAAAUUGACGAAUUUUAUGAUUUUAAUACACGCUCUCAACGAGUAAUUUUCCCUAAUAUUUUUGUGCCUUUACUGUGGCAGCGGUGGUAUGCUUUUAUUUUGUGUUUUUGAUUCCCCACAGCGAUUUUCGAGAUGCGAUGUUGGGUUGGUGAGUUGAUGGGCGGUGCAUAUGCGAGAGGGACAAGAGGGAUAGAUAUUGGUUGGUAGAAGUGUGAGAAGUUGGUGGGAGGCUUUGGUUUCAAGUGGGGGAUGGAGGGUGGAGGAUGCAAGUGUUAUAGGGCGUGAGAUGAAGGGAAAUACAGAUGGAGAGGCACACAGCGAGGGAGAGAGAGAGUGAGAGAGAGAGAGAGAGAGAAGACUAAGAAUGGAUGAUUUUGAAUUGAUACCUUAUGCUUGUGCAUAGCUACCUGUUCUAGAAUACCUAGUAGUCAUUGAUGCAGCUAUCGCGAUUGGAACUUUUUUGUAUUUUAUACCGUGGUGCUGUUAGAGGUGAGCUUGAUUGUGGUUGUGGUUGAAAGGGGAUGAAUGGAGAUUUGUUUGGAGAAUGAAUACUACCUAGGUAAUUAGUUUGUGCAGGCAGGCAUGCAGAUAAAUAAUUUUUCGAGAA